AUGCCGACUUCGUCGACCAAGUGGGCCGACCAAGCGUGCCUCUUUCGCCGCUUCCUCUUCGACUGCGACUUUAUCAACGACGUGUGGGCAACGCUCGACGCGGUCACGGCCCCCUGGCGUGUCGACUUGCCGACAACGCUGUCAGGCUACCUCCUCUUGACACCCAAGACGACGUCCAACAUUUACCAAGCCGCUACCUCUGGCCCGUGCUCCACGCCUGUGUCUGGUUCAACAACGUUUGGCGUGUCCGAACGACCGCGUCUUCCGCUCUGA